GCUGGACCAGGCUCUGUCAGACACAGGAUAGCAGGGCGCUGGGGAGCAGUGAGUCAGCGUGCAAGGGCCACUGGGGAAUCCUGAGGCAGUGGCACAGUCAAAGCAGGACAGCUGGUAUUGAGUGAGGCGGCACACAGCACCAUAGGGCUCAUGGGAACAAUAUGCAUAGGGGCUUAACAAGUCCAAGACACAAACAGAUGUGACUGAAAGGCAGAAGUAAAGAUGACUGAGCGUUAUGAUUGUCACUACUGUAAGGAAUCCCUGUUUGGGAAGAAGUAUGUCCUUCGUGAGGAGAACCCAUACUGUGUGAAGUGCUAUGAGAGCCUGUACUCCAACACCUGUGAGGAGUGCAAGAAACCCAUCGGCUGCAACAGCAGGGAUCUGUCCUACAAGGAUCGUCACUGGCAUGAGGACUGUUUCCACUGCUUCCAGUGCAAGCGCUCACUGGUGGACAAACCCUUCUCCACCAAAGACGAGCAGCUCCUGUGCACUGAGUGCUAUUCUAAUGAGUACUCCUCCAAAUGCCAUGAAUGUAAGAAGACCAUCAUGCCUGGCUCAAGGAAGAUGGAGCAUAAAGGAAACAGCUGGCAUGAGACCUGCUUUACCUGCCAGCGCUGCCAGCAGCCGAUUGGCACAAAGAGCUUCAUCCCUAAAGACAACCACAAUUAUUGCGUGCCCUGCUAUGAAAAGCAGUUUGCCAUGCAGUGUGUUCACUGCAAGAAGCCCAUCACCACCGGGGGUGUGACCUAUCAUGACCAACCAUGGCAUAAGGACUGCUUCUUGUGCACUGGCUGUAAGCAGCAGCUGUCUGGCCAGCGCUUCACCUCUCGUGAUGACUUCGCCUACUGCCUUAAUUGCUUCUGCAACUUAUAUGCCAAGAAAUGUGCCUCCUGCACCACUCCCAUCAGUGGACUCGGGGGAAGCAAGUACAUCUCCUUUGAGGAGCGUCAGUGGCACAAUGACUGUUUCAACUGCAAGAAGUGCUCAGUCUCUCUGGUAGGCAGAGGUUUCCUGACCGAGAGGGAUGACAUCCUGUGCCCUGAGUGUGGCAAAGACAUCUGAAAGAGUUCUCUGAAGAAUCCAGGCAUGCAUGACAUCUAAAAUGUUAAUAAACCAAAGCAUUGAUAAAUGGCAAAGCAUGAAACGGUGUUUGAGUAAUACAUUUAGGUGCUCCUUGAAAACAUAGUGCCCAUUGUAGUAGCAAGGAGUAUAUUAGUGUAUGCAUCGCAAGAUGCUAAUUUGAUGAAAGAAUAUUAAAUUGUUACACUGUUACCUGGAUGCAGCAUCAUUCAAACACAAUAGUAUUUGGAUAUCAAUUCCAUUGUAGAAAUUCACUGGUCACAGUCAGCAUUAUUAAUUUAAUCCAUGAGUGAAAAUGUCCAAUAACAGGGUGGUUACUGAGAUUAAGCAAGUAGCAUUUGGCUGGUCAUGUGAUCCAAACAUAGCUGCCCCCAUGUAGCUAUGCUUCUACAUGUAGAUUCAAAAAGCUUUUAUAAGGUUACUUCAUCUCAUGUGAGUGCUCAUGAUUUAAGACAUAGGUUCCAUUACUGAGUGCACCUUUAAAGAUUAAACUGAAACAUGGAAGGAUAAGCAUGGCUAUCUCUUUAAAAAAUGUCUGACUGAUUUUCUGAUAAUCUGUGUCUGAUCUUGCAAAGAAUUCUGGUCUUUCAUGUGCCCAACCAUUGAUGUAUGAAUACUAAUAUUAAUAAAGCUCAUCAAAACAAAUUGACUCAGUU